GCCGCCGGCGGCGCGGGGGGCGCGGGGCUCCGUCCCCGCCCGAGCGCGGCGCCGCUGCCGGAGGAUGAGCUGCGGCCGGCCCAAGGACAUGGAAGCCGCCGCUGCCGCCUCUGCUCACUUCAGCUUCUGCCGCAGCCUCCUGGAGCACACGGUGUCGGCCGAAAACCUCAGCUACCGCCUGCAGCGCAACCCGGGCAGCAGCCUCACCUGGCACGACGGCCGCAGCCAGCGCCCCGACGGCGGCCGCACCGUCAAACUCCUGCGGCAGCCAGGCACCGAGGGCUCGCAGGUCCGUGGCUGUGACCACUAUGGCAUCUACCACACCAGCCCCACACUGGGCAGCCUGGUCAAGCCAGUGGUGCUGUGGACCCAGCAGGAUGUGUGCAAAUGGCUGAAGAAGCACUGUCCACACAAUUAUCUCAUCUACGUCGAGGCGUUCUCCCACCACGCCAUCACAGGCCGGGCGCUGCUGCGGCUGAACGGGGAGAAGCUGCAGCGCAUGGGGAUCGCGCUGGAGACGCAGCGCCAGGAGGUCCUGCAGCAGGUGCUGCAGCUCCAGGUGCGCGAGGAGGUCCGGAACCUGCAGCUGCUCAGCCAAGCUUCUUUUGGAAAUGUCUCCUAGCUGAUCCGUCUGUUUGGCAGAUUGCACCAACACUGUGAACCGAGCUCCGCUGGGAUGGGCUGUGCAUCGCCGAUACGAGACCUGAGCCACACGCUUGGAAUAAGAAGAGACAGCUUCCCAGGCACUCCAGGGCUCCUCUCCUGCUUCUUCCUUCUCUUUCUUUUAAAGGAAUACAUUCCUGUGCAGGGAUGAAAGGUUUCGUCCAGCAGAUAUGGCUCUUGGCUGGAGGAAAAGCAGCAAACCAGCUGCUGGGACAGAUGAUGAACUUCCACCCACCUGAGCCUGACAGUUCACAGGGAAAGAGAUGGAAAAAAGGAGAUGGCAAAAGGCAGGGCUCAGCACUGUGAAGAAAGGGAAUGCAGUGAUUCCCGGGACAGCUCGGAGCCAUGUGCAGGACACUGAAGCAUUUUGCACUUGGGCAACAUUCCAGCACCCAGCAACUUGUGCCCAUGCCUCAGAGCUUAUUUAAGGAGCUUUGGUUUCCUCAUCAGACUGGGCUGCCUUCCAGCGUCCGGGGAGGUGACGUUAUCAGUAGCAAAUAAGAUGAUACAACCAGCCAAAAAAUUCAAAGCGGGGCCAAGACCCCAGCACCCAGCUCCACUUGGUGAGUUAAAAAGGGAGCUGAGUCAUCAGAGCUGGAAAAUCUGCAAGUAAAAGCAGGUUGGAUGCACCGGGACGGUGCCAUGGCCUGGAGGAACCUGUGCCAAGAGCUCAUCCUUCAUCCACAGGCAGAUGGGGGAGCCCAUGCAGGGCCUGGGGGGAGCAGGCAGGGGUUGCUGCCGGGUGGUUGUGGGUGCUGCCCAGGGUGGGGCUGGGGGAACACCGGGUGCCAGGUCCUCCCCAGCCCCCAUGCCUGGUCCUGCUCUGCUCCAUGCUGCCAGCAGCUCUGCAGAGCUCUGCUCAUCCAGGCAUUGGCAGGUUCCUGUCCUGACCGCGUGCCCAAGAGCUGGCGAUGGUGCCACCAAAGCCAGGCACCUUCCUGAUGACCUUCACCAUCAUUACAGUGAAAGUGUUUGCUGUUAGGCCCCCAUCUCCCAAACUCUCCCAUACAGAGCUACAGACUGCCCUUGUGGGCAGAUAAGGAAAAUCCAUAUGUAAAUCAGGAUUUUUGGCCAGGGUGAAUGCUGUCACUUCCCCACAUUCCACCUCAAGUUAUGAGCGUGGGGCUGUGGGUCAUGGGGGUCCAAAAACAGCAGCACCCCAAAACCCCUGGGGCAUUGGGAUGUGGAGGCAGGUCACGGUGCCCCCUGGCCAGGCAUCCUCCUGCCUGCUUCUCUGCUGGUAAUAAAUUAGAGACUGUUAUUUUAACUCACUUCUCUUCUCACUCUUCCCACACCUGAACCUGCUCUGUGAGUUUGGUCCCUCCAGUCCUUCCUGGGGAUGCUCAGGAGA